GUUUUUUAACGAAAAUUUUCGAAAUUCCCGUACUGUCGUUUUGGUGAGAAAUACGACGUUGAUUCUGUCUGUGAACAAUGACCAGGCGCGCGAGCCACUACCAAGGCAAACGCCUUUUGCUUCUCUGCAGAUUCGUUCUCUUCCCUUCCCCAAAAUUCAUUAUCAAAAUUUCCCAAGAAAGAAUCUUUCCCAAUUCAUCUAUCGUGUUCCCAUUUUGAUCCAUCGUCAUGUCGUUCUCCUUCUUCAAGCCCUUGAGGCCAAAAACCCCGCAAGACGUGGCCAAGACGAUCAAGGAUAGCCUAAUGGCUCUUGAUACCAAAACCGUUGCAGAAGUUAAAGCUCUUGAAAAGGCAAUGGAAGAAGUUGAAAAGAAUUUUGCAACCAUGAGAUGCAUGCUCUCUGGAGAUGGGGAGGUUGAACCAAAUAUGGAUCAAGUUUUGCAGCUGGCAGUUGAAAUUUGCAAGGAGGAUGUUCUAGAUCUUUUUAUUAACAAGUUGCCAAUAUUGGGUUGGGAAGCAAGAAAGGAUUUAGUACACUGUUGGUCCAUAUUGUUGAAGCAAAAAGUUGACUCCAUAAAUUGUUGUGUACAGUAUAUUGAGAAACAUUUUGAGUUGCUGGAUUUUCUAGUUGUAUGGUAAUGUAUCUGUAGAUCUAUCUCUAUGUAGCAUCCUGAAAUCUGGUAAUAAAGAAAAAAGGAUCUUUAAGCAUUCAGAUUAAGUGGUGAAAGACUUGCUGUUGUGUUUUGCAAGCAGCUAUGAUAACAAGGAAAUUGCUUUGAAUUGUGGAAAUAUGUUGAGGGAGUGCAUCAAAUUUCCAACCCUUGCAAAAUACAUAUUAGAGUCUCCCAGCUUUGUGUUAUUCUUCAAAUUUCUGGAGUUGCCGAACUUUGAUGUUGUUUCUGAUGCAUUCUCAACAUUUAAGGAUUUACUUACUAAACAUGGAACAAUUGUCUCACAAUAUUUGACUGCUCAUUAUGAUGAGUUCUUUGAUCUAUAUGAAAAGCUAUUGACAUCUUCUAAUUAUGUGACAAGAAGGCAAUCAUUAAAGCUUUUAUCCGAAUUUCUUUUGGAGCCUCCAAAUUCCAAUAUAAUGAAACGCUGUAUUCAAGAAGUUCGGUACUUGAAGGUUAUGAUGAUGUUGCUGAAGGAUUCAAGCAAAAACAUUCAGAUCUCUGCUUUCCAUAUUUUCAAGGUGAUCGAAUCACUCUCUCAAUGGUUAUAAUCUACGCUUGUUAAUGGGCAAGCACCAAGAAAAUAUGUUUUUUCACAUGCAGGUUUUUGUUGCUAACCCUAACAAACCAGGAGAAGUAAAGCUUAUUCUGGCCAAAAACCAUGAAAAAUUGCUAGAUUUGCUUCAGAAUUUAUCUGGAAAAGGAGCUGAUGAUGAGCAAUUUGACGAAGACAAGGAACUAACUAUGAAGGAAAUUCAAAGGGUCUCUCGACUACCAAACCUUGCACGUUAGUCAACUCCUCAUUGCUGGUAUUUCCCAUCCUAAUUCUGAGUGAUGACAGUCUGUGUCAACAAGGCAAGGAAGUUGCAUUGAAUGAUUGUUUAAGGUAGUGGAGUAUGGUGAGAAACUGCACUCGUUAAGGUACUGGUAUGGUGGGAAACUACACUCCCAUGAAAUCAUGUUAGCAGUGUCAUCUAGGUACUUCGGAUUGCAGAAGCUCCAGACAAAUUGAUCAUGCAGAGAUAGAUUCAAGUUUUGCAUGGUAAGUGGCACCAUUGCUGGGAUGCUGUAAUUAUAAAUGAAGCUCUUCUCUUUGCCCAUUCUUUUAUAUGAUUAACUUCUGCGUUUGCUGUCCAUUAUGAAUGAAAUGGACAGAGCUGAUUGCCUGAUUAUUAACCUUUCCAGUUGAUGUAAGCCCUACAAUCUGUGUGGCUAUCUUUUGUGAUGCUAUCAAAUUUAGUUUAUAGCCUUCCAUUUUUGAGCAUCCCUUUGUUAAUGGUCCAUCAUUUAUGUCUCAAUUUUGCUAUGAGUUAACAUAUUUUCGGAAGAAUCUUGCGAUGAUAUGACACCAACA